GAACGGCGUUCUGAAACUGCAGCAAGGCAAAGCUGUGUUGAUCUGAUCACAAACUCUUCAUGAUACAUUAAAGGAAUAUUUUGUAUUUUGCAGUUAUUUUUCUUAUGCAGACAUGUACCGCAGCUUUGCGAGACAUGUUUAUAACAACACCAGGAACUGUCAGCCAGUUUUUGUGCACACAACUAAAAACAAAGAACAUAGUCUUGCUGGGUGGCAGUGUUGUGUCUGCUUAAUGAGUACAACAGUGAAGGGGAGAAAAAGUCUUCCAAGUGCUUUUCCAGUGCUAAACCUGCCAUUACAGCCCAUCUAUCGACAUGUGUACGAGGCCAAUCUCAGAAACAGUGCACUCUGUCACAAAAAGUAUGUAGAAUUCAGUGAAAAAGUGAAAAAAGGUGGAGGAGCCAAUGCUAUUGCCAGACACACACAAAGAAACAAGAAGUUGCUGGUGAGAGACCGCCUUCGUCUCCUGUUGGAUAAUGAAGACUUCCUGGAGCUUUCACCGUUUGCUGGGCUGGGUCUGCCCUAUGGAGACAUCCCCUCUGCCGGCUGCUUGACUGGUAUUGGUCGGAUCAAUGGCUUGUGGUGUGUGUUCAUUGCCAAUGAUGCCACUGUAAAGGGUGGCACUGCCUAUCCAAUCACAGUCAAGAAACAGCUACGGGCACAGGAAGUGGCUAUUCAGAACCGCCUGCCUUGUGUUUAUCUGGUCGACUCUGGAGGAGCUUUUUUACCUUUGCAGUCUGAGAUAUUUCCUGACAAGAAUCAGGGAGGAAGGACAUUCUACAAUGAAGCCAUCAUGUCUGCAUUAAAAAUUCCACAGGUUUCCGUUGUCUGUGGUUCAUGUACGGCGGGAGGAGCAUACAUCCCGACAAUGGCAGAGGAGGCAGUGAUGGUGCACAGAAUUGGGACUAUAUUUUUAGGUGGACCUCCUCUUGUUAAGGCAGCAACAGGGGAAGAAGUCUCACCAGAAGAUUUGGGAGGUGCUCGGCUACAUGCAGAGGUUAGUGGCUGUGUUGACCACUUUGCUUGGGAAGAAAAGGAAGCGUAUGAAUACACCAGAAACAUCAUAUCCACCUUAAAUUUUCUGCUCCCAGAGGAAGAAAGUGAUGAGAGCGGAAAGAGAAAAGCAGAUGAGGAGCCUCUAUUUAGUUCACAGGAGCUUCUAGGACUUGCUCCCCUCAGUUAUAAUUACACACUGGAUGUUAAACUGAUCUUGAGUCGACUCACAGAUGGGAGCCGCUUUCAAGAGUUUAAAGCACGAUUUGGAACUACACUUGUUACAGGAUUUGCAAAGAUUCAUGGUCACUUGGUGGGGAUAGUUGUUAAUAACGGAGAGCUCUCAUAUGAGGCUGCCCUCAAAGGAACUCAUUUUGUCCAACUGUGUGACCAGAGAGACAUUCCUCUUCUUUUUCUUCAGAACACAGCACCUGCAUCUGCUUCAACCUUUUCUGUGCAACAAGCAGAUCACAACAGUAACCGUCUAAAGGCUCAGGGCUCCAUGAUGUCUGCUGUGGCGUGUGCCUCUGUUCCUAAAAUCACCGUGGUGGUUGGUGGAUGCCAUGGCACAGACAGCUAUGUUAUGUGUGGCCGGGCCUUUGACCCUAACUUCCUGUUCCUGUGGCCAAAUGCCAAGGUGUCCAUCACAGCUCCAAAUUAUUCUGAAUCCUUAUUUUCACCUGAAGAAGACAAAGACACUAAAGAAAACUUUGAAAUGAUACUAAAAGAAGAGAGUUCAGCUUUUUUCUCCUCUGGCCGACUGUGGGACGAUGGAGUUAUUCUACCUCAAGACACCAGAAAGGUGGUUAGAGACUGUUUGGACAUUAUUAAGCAGCAGCAAUAUCAACUAUCGACUACAAAAACGAACUCACCUGUUCUACGAAUAUAAACUGUUGCUUGCCAUAGUGACUGAUUUUUAUCAGUGUCUUAUGAUAAAAAAAAAUUCUAUUAUAAAUAUUUUAAGAUGGUUAACAAUUUUCUAAUGCAAAAUUUAAAUAAGGAUUAUGAAAUUCAGUGGAAUAUCUUGGUGCCUUCACGAUUAACAGUGAA